AUGGCAAGAUUAUCGAUGAAAAAGAAUCAUAUUGAUUAUUGGGUUGAAGAUAAUGUUCAAAAGCGAUUUUUUGAAGUUUCACAAUUUUGUACGUAUUUACAAGAAUAUUUAUAUAAAUAUUUAUCAAGUCAAAUCGAAAUUAGUAUACAAAAUUUACAAAGUAAUAAUCGACGUUAUAGAAAACAAAUGGCAUAUAGAAUUCGAUUAGUUAACAAAGAUGAACAUGAAUCUGAUAAAAAACAAUUCUUUUAUGAUUUAAUGAAAAAAUUUCUUAAGAAAAUUUCAGCCAAAUUUUAUAAUCGUCAUGAUAAAGUUUUAAAAUGGUUUUCAUGGAAUAAAAUGACUGACGAUAAGAUGAAAUUUCUUCAAAAACUUUUGAAUAAAAAAGUCAAUAAUAUCUUUACGGUUUUAUCAUUAGAAAAUACUAGAUUAUGUAUGUAUUAUUUACCUACGGAAAUAUCUACUACAGCUGAUAUUGAUAAAUUAAUGUAUUUUAUUCAAAAUGGAAUUUUACAAGAAGUAAUACAAUUACCCUUGCCACAUGAACGAUCUCAACAAUUAGAAAAUGAUUUGAAUAACACAGUAUCACAACAGAUGACAAAUGACGAAGUUCUAAUUACAUACAAAUGUCUUUUUCUAGAAAAAAAUCCAAAACAAAUUGUUAUUUUAGGUUAUAAUAAAAAAGUUAUUGAAAUAAAAAAACAAAUUUUUGAUAUUAUCGAACGAAAUAUUGUUAUCACAUACAAAUUAAAUUUAUUAAAUAGAUAUCAAAUUGAAAAUUUUAUUGACGCUAAUUCGGAUCAAUUGGAAAAAAUUGAAAUAAAAUACAGUGACUUUGGUGUUAAAUUACGACUAAGACUCAAUGAAUUUUCAGCUCCUCGACAUUUAAAAAAUGAAAUUGAAUCAUGUAUUGAACAACUCUGGUCUCGCUCAUCAUCCAUAACAACCUUCAAUAGUAUUCAAUUACCUAUUACUGUUGCUGAAAACGUUGAACAACAUUUAUUAUUAAUUACAGAACGUACUAAUUUUUCUAUUAAAACUAAAUUAAAAUAUAUCGAUCAAUCUUUUGUUCUACCAAAAGCAUCUAUAUUUAACAAUCAAAUAUCGAAAUCAAUCGAAGAACAAUCAAAUCUAUUUUCUUUCUCGAGUGAUGUAUUUAAAAAAAUAACUCUAACAAAUGGAUACAUAGAACUUCGUACAGGAGAUAUUGCUUCACAAAAAGUUGAUACAAUUAUUAUUUCAACUAUGUUCAAUGGUUUAAAAGAAGGUGUUAUUGAACGAUUAGGUUCAAUUGAUUAUCAAAAAACGUUUUUACAAAAUGAUGGUACAAUGUAUACAGAAACAAAUGGAGGUAAAUUAAAUUGUAAACAAAUUUUAUUUUCUAAUUGGUUACCUAAAACAUUAAUAAAUACUGAUGAUUCUUUACGUUUAUCAAUACAAACAUUUAUGUCAAAAUCUAUGGAAUUUACAAUUAAAGAGCAACAUACAUUGUCAAUUGCAUUUGCUGUACCAGAUUCAUGUAGAAAUGAAACUAUCUUAGCAGAAGAAAUGAUUAAUGAAGCUAAACAACACAUUGAAAUGAAUAAAUUACAAUUGAAUAUUUCAUUUGUAUGCUUACCAGAACAACAAACUCUAUAUGAACAAUUCUUUAAUGUUAUACAAAAAAUUCAAGAGCCUAUUAUAUAUUUCGAAUGGCCUACUGCAAUUAUUGAAAUAACAAUUCUUGUGCCAAAGUCUGAAACGGACUAUAUUGCAAAAUGUCAACAAAGAAUAAACCGAUAUAUUUCAAGAUGUACUUCUACAAUAAAACUAAUCUAUACAAAUGGUGUUUUUCAAUCUUGGGAUCAACACACAAUAAAUUCAUUUUAUAAAUAUUGUAAAGACAGAUGUAUAUUACCAAAACUUUCUGAAACAAAUGAUGAAAUUGAAUUAAUUGGUUCAACUAGUAAUAUUUUAGAAGCUGAAAAGAAGUUACAAAUUUUGGCUGAAUUAGUUAAACAAAAACAAAAUCCUAUAUCAUUAAAUCAACGUCCUAAUUCAGCCAGUACUUAUUCGGCACGAUCUGAAAAUAUGAGAAUGGGUACAUUAUACAAUAUUAUUGUUAGUUAUAGUCAAAAUGACAAAAGAAAAUGUCAACGUUUAAUCAAUCGAUUAAGUGAAGAAGGUUUUUCAAUUGGAACAACUGAAGAACAAGUUGAUCUUUGUGCUCAAAUGGAUAAAUGUGAUUGCAUUAUAUUGUGUAUAAGUGAAAAUUAUUAUGAAAAUGAUUUAUGUCGAGACGAAGCUAAAUAUGCUUUUCAAACGGAUAAAAAAGUUUUUCUUGUUAAAAUUCAAAGUUGUCCUAUACUUGGUUGGGAUAAUAAUUUAUUUGAAGGAAAAUUAUUUUUUCAUUCGUAUGGUUCCAAUUAUUAUUUCGAUUUAGAAUAUGAACGAUUAUUAAUUCAAUUACUUCAAUAUACAAAACCUGGAUUCGUUUCAAUGUUGAAACAACGAUUAAAUCGUACACAACAACGAGAUGUUGACGAAUAUCGAGAGCUACCAAAUGUAAAACAACAAUCAUUCAAUAACAAUCAAAUUGUUGAAAAAUCUGAAAAAAUAAAAAUUCCAGAAUUCAAAAAUCCGUUUAAAAAAUUACCAAGUAUACCAACGAAUACUGUUAAAAUAACAAGCAAACAAGAUAACCAUGUAAAAAAUAUGAUUUCGAAACGAGAACUCAGUUUCUUCGAAGAACGAUGGUUAAGAAAGUUAAUCGAUAUUUCCAAGCGAAAGUCAUUUCUAUUUACACCAGAAAGAUCAUCCUAUGCUAGUAGUGGUAGACAUCAAUUUGAAAUACCUGCAAAUCAUUAUAAGAUUGCAGAUUCAUCAAUUCUUUCAAUUUUUUCCACAAAGCCCAACGGCACUUUUUUUUCUAGUUCAUGUUGGUAUUCCGGAAAACCAUGUGGGGAUCGAAAAAUUCAAAAUCAAACGAUUCGCCUUUGCACUGUUAACAUGCUGACAGAUGAAAGUCCAACAUAUGGACAUCAGACAGGACAAUUUCAAAUAAUCUACAGUUUAUCUCAAGUAUUUCCAACAAUUGUUUCUACUCCUGAUUUUAUACCACGUCGAGUAGAAAUACCUUUUAGGAGUGAUUUCUUGGGCCAUUCAGAGCGUAGUGAAAAACAAAUGGAAAAACGACGUGAAUUGGAUAAUCCAGAAAAUAUGAAACAUAUACGAGAUAAACUUGCUGAAUACUUUAUAAACAAAUAUAAACACUAUACAAAAACACAAAUGAAUGUUUAUUUAAAAUUUGCACAACGAAUGAAAGACAAUGCUAUUGAGUUUGAAAAAUUCUGUUCGACUGCUACUUUCAAAGAUUGUAAAAAUGAACGUGUAAUGAAAUAA